AUGGACGUCGCCGUUGCCGACGAGAAGGCCGCUGCUGCAUAUGUUCAACUUUAUUGGCUAGACCUACUGAGUUUCCGAGCGGUGCGUGGUAGCGGCCCCGUCUACCGCGGCCUGGUGCUUCAGGACGCCGACGCGCUCCUGUUGGUCCGCCUCGACGGCUCCCUGGCGAGGGAGUCCGUCGACCUCAAGAUCCUUGACAGGAGCGCUCUCCAUGUCGGCCAGAUCGUCGUGUCCGCGUCCGACGUCGGUGGGCAGAUCGGCGUCGUCACCGGCGUCACCACCGUUCUGGACCUCGCCCACCUAAACGACCGCGGCAAAGCGAAGAAAAUCAUCAGGGGCGUGUCGCCCUCCGGCGUGCGGCGCGUCAGGGCGCUCAGCCUGGGCGACUACGUCGUGUCCGGGGCGUGGCUGGGCCGGGUGGUGGAGGUGUCCCUCGACGCCGAUAUCAUGUUCGACGACGGCGCUGUCUGCAGGGUCAGCGACGUCGAGUCCACGGACCUAAGACCGGAGAAUCCAGAAGCUUUUUACCGUCCCCAGAUGAACACCAUAUUCUACCCUAGGAUGCGUGUCGUCACCGGCGACUCGGCGGCCGUCUUCGAGGAGGCGCGGUGGCUAAACGGCCACUGGAAGCCGGACCGCGAAGUAGGCACGGUGGUCAACGUGGAGAUGGUCGGCGUCUUUGUCUACUGGAUCGCGUCCGCGCAACACGGCACCAACGAGCAGCUCGUCCUUGAACUCGCUCCUCCGGCCUACCAGAGUCCUGACAGCCUAACAUAUUUCAGCUCUGCGCCCGAUUGCAGCUGGGGUUUAGGUGACCGUGUCUUUCUUACCGACGCUUCCGUGUCUCUUCCUGACAAUCACCACCCGGAUGACCAGCAACAGCCCACCGCCAUGGCUGUCUACAGAACUCGCACCACCGUCGACGUGUUGUGGCAAGACGGCACGCGGCAACAUGGAGCACGAUCGACGUCCCUCGCCCCCUCCAGCUACAUGAACGAGCAUGGGUUUUUCCCAGGGCAGUACGUCGUCGACAAUGCUUGUACCGAUGACAUAAUCGAUGGCACCACCGGCGCCGGAGAUGACAACAUGGUAGCUACACAUAGUGGAUCGACGGCAAGGCGCGUCGGCGUCGUACGGAGUCCAAAUUCCAAAGACCACACGGUAGACGUGUCGUGGCUGCACCCUGACAACUGGGAGGUCCAAUGCGACGAUACAGUGAGUGUGUAUGAUCUGGGCACGGACCCUGACCACUCUGUAUUCUACGGAGACGUAGUCGUUCGUCUCUUGUCAGACAUCACCGGAGGUACACCACUGGCACAUGACAAGAGCGCCCCCGACGAUCUUUCAUGGGUCGGACAUGUUGUUGACCUUCAUGACGGCCACGUCCAAGUGAAGUGGGGGGAUUGCAGUACGUCAACGGUAUUGCCCCAUGAGAUCAGUAUCGCCAACAAGGAAGACUACACACAACUGCUGGCUAAAAUGGGCGACUGGGCGGAGGAGGGCGCCGUUGAUGCUACAGAAGAAUUGUGUGCUGCUAAUAUGGAAAAUCAGCAAGAUAAUCCAGCAGAUGCUAGAACCGUCGAAGGCGGCAUGAUUGAAGAAGGCAGUGACGGUUCCAUGAAUGAAUUAGAUGGUCCAGCUACAACCACGCAGAAUGUGGAAGUGACCGAGCAUGCUGUAACUAUAGCUAGUCACGAAGAUCCUAACGUUGGUAGCACUCUGACUGAGGGCGGCUUUGCUCUAGUGACAAGAAGCAAUGCAAGUGACGGGGAGGACGACUCUGCAGAAGAUCUGGUGGUGAUCAAGGCCACAUAUGCCACUCGAGAUGAUGAUCCUUCUAAGUUCCCACGUUUUGAUAUAGUGCCGAGCCCACCGGCCGAUCACAUUUACCUUGACACCAAGGAGCAGGGAGACAGCAAAUACGGAAAGAAGUGGGUCACGAUGGUGCAGAAGGAGUGGAAAAUACUUGAGAACAGCUUACCAGACACCAUCUACGUGCAGGCGUUCGAGGACCGCAUGGACUUACUCCGGACAGUUAUUGUGGGUGCUAGAGGGACACCAUACCACAAUGGGCUUUUCUUCUUCGACAUGCAGUUACCACCAUCCUACCCGGCCGAGCCUCCGCAUGUGUACUACCACUCCUUUGGCCUACGACUAAAUCCCAACCUGUACGAGUGUGGUAGUGUGUGCCUUAGCUUGUUGAAUACCUUCGGUGGCGAGGGCACUGAGGUGUGGUCACCGGGAACGUCAAGCCUACUCCAGAUCGUUGUCUCCCUACAAGCUCUGGUUCUCAACGACCAGCCCUACUACAACGAAGCUGGCUAUGAGCAGCUGGUUGACACGUUGGAGGGCCACCGCAAUGCGUUGCCCUAUAGCGAGAAGGCCUUCUUGCUCACUCUCCGAACUGCGCUCCACCUCUUGCACCGGCCGCCAAAAGGUUUUGAGAAAUUUGUCAAGGAUCACUUCUGCCGAUGCGGGAUGUACGUGCUUGAGACGUGCCAGGCGUACUUGCAUGGAUGCGUGGCUACAAAUCAUGGGAGCAUGAAGUUACUAUGCUCGACCGGCUUUAAGAUCGCGCUUGCCAAUUUGGUACCGAGGCUCGUGACCAUGUUCAAAGAGAUUGGUGCCGAAGAUUGCAACCUGAGGCGCCUAUGA